UUCAUACACACACAUUCUCACUACUAGCUAGCUAGCUUCUGCUUCAUUAGCUAGUUAGGCUAGUUCUUCAUUCUUCUCUGAGAACAUGUCUGGGGUUUGGGUUUUCAAGAACGGCGUCGUCCGGCUGGUGGAGAACCCGGGGGCGGAUUCCCUGCAGGGCUCCAGCCGGCGCAAGGUGUUGGUCCACACUCCCAGUGACGAGGUCAUUACCUCUUACGCUGUGCUUGAGCGGAAGCUGCUCUCGCUUGGCUGGGAGAGGUACUACGACGACCCAGAUCUCCUUCAGUACCACAAGCGAUCCACCGUCCACCUCAUCUCUCUCCCCAAGGAUUUCAACAAGUUCAAGUCCAUGCACAUGUACGACAUCGUCGUGAAGAACCGGAAUCUGUUUGAAGUCAGGGACACGUAGUCUGUCCUUGGAUCUACUACUGCCUGCUAGCUUCUGCUAAUGAAUGUGUUUGUGAUUGAUGAUAAUGAUGAUGACUGUGUGUUUGGUUAGUUUGUGAGUUUGUAACUUUUUUUGUUGUUGGGAGGUUCACUGUGUUUUGGUUUGGCUUGGUUUGCAGUAUGUACGUAGGUACAAUUUGUAUUUAGUUUAGUGAAAACAUGGGUUUGAUGGGUGAUUAUCGGGUACUCUAUUGCGGUUUUGUACAAACUAAUUAAAUGUUUAAUGAUCCUGACAUGUGUGUGUUCUUUUUA